UGAGGGGUACGUUUGGAAAACAAAAGAUUGUAGAAGGAGUCGCGCGUUGCAAGGUGCAACGCGUUUUAGAGCAUGAGAAUGUCGAGAAUUCCAUAGUAAGAGAACGAGGAGGACGAAUUGACAGUGAGAUCAGUGAACAAUUGCUUGGUGCGGUACCUUUGUGUGGGGCGACAACCAGUUCUAAACAAUGGAGGGUAGCAGGGGACGAGUAAGAUGGGAUGAGACAAAUCUAGGGGAAAUUGAAGCAAAUAAGCCCGUAAGACAGAAAAUCACUGAACCAAAGACUCCAUAUCACCGCAUGGUCGAUGAUGAUGGUUCUCUGUCCCCUAUCCGUGGAAGUUUUGACGAGUGUGCAGGUGGUUCGAUGCAUGCUGAAGACUUGAGGACUGUUUUGAAUGAUGUGGCAUCCUCAAAUAGAAACUCCAUUAGGAUUCCUAGUGGCUGGACUUCAUCUGAAGAUGAAGCUGAUCCUAUGGAGCAAGAUGGAGAUUCCAAAUCAGAUAGAAGUGCAAAGUUCAGGAAGCACAGGCGAGCACACUACGAUGAGUUUUUGAAAGUCAAAGAACUGCGACGUAAGGGUUCCUUUCUCGAGGAUGAAGACGUUGAUGGCGAAGAUAAAUAUGAGAAAUGUGAUUCUUCUUCCUUAAGCGCUGGAGUGGGAGGUAUUGACAUCGAAGAAGGUAAGUUAACUUCGCCUCAACAGUCUGCUUCACAUCCAGCUGAUGGUUCUUAGAAUCCACCAAGGGAUUGAAAUUGUGUCUCUCUUUCUCAAACUCUCCGUUCUAGCAUAUAAAACAAUUAUCUGAUUACCGUUUGGUCUUCUGCAAAUGGCAGUAUUUGUACGUAUACACUCCCUCCCUUAUCUAACUUUGUUCCGAUCAAUUGGCUAAUAUUUUCUUUGAGAAGAUUUAAAGGAAAUAAACAAAACUGGAUAAGAAAUGCA